AUGAGCGUUGAUACGACUUGCAUUUCCACUAUCAGGACUCUUGCUGCCGAUGUCGUCGCAAAAUCGAAUAGUGGACAUCCAGGUGCACCAAUGGGCAUGGCACCAGCUGCCCAUGUCCUCUUCUCUCAGUUCUUAACCGCGAACCCCUCCAAUUCCAAGUGGUUCAAUCGCGACCGAUUCGUUUUGUCGAAUGGCCACGCGUGUGUUCUCCAAUAUACCAUGCUACACUUGCUGGGGUACAAGAUUUCCAUGGAUGACCUGAAGCUGUUCCGUCAAUUAGAUAGUUUAACUCCAGGCCAUCCAGAGGCAAACCACACGGACGGCAUUGAGGUGACCACAGGACCUCUCGGCCAGGGUUUUGCGAACGGCGUUGGCCUGGCUAUUGCUUCUAACCAUCUUGCCGCGGUCUACAACAAACCUGACUUCGAGUUGCUGAACAACUUCACCUAUGUCUUCUGUGGUGAUGGUUGUCUCAUGGAGGGUGUUUCGGCGGAAGCAGCCAGCCUGGCUGGCCACCUCCAGCUAGGCAACCUCAUCGUCGUGUAUGAUGAUAAUCACAUCUCCAUUGACGGUGAUACCGCCAUCGCUUUCACUGAAGAUGUUGGUGCUCGUUUCCUUUCGUAUGGCUGGCAAGUGCUCCAUGUCGAGAAUGGCGACAGUGAUUUGGACGGUAUUAACAAGGCCCUGAACGAAGCUCGCGCAGAGAAAAGCAAGCCCACAAUCAUCCGGCUCCGCACGACCAUCGGAUUUGGUUCUAAAGAGCAGGGCACUCAUGGCGUUCAUGGCUCUCCACUCAAGGCCGAUGAUAUCGUUGCCCUGAAAACGAAAUUCGGAUUCCCUCCGGAUGAAAAGUUCUACGUUCCUGCUGAAGUCUACAAAUUCUAUGGCGAGAUCGCCCAAAAGGGAGCCAGCGCUGAGGCGAAGUGGAAUUCACUCCUCGCAGCUUAUGGACAGAAAUAUCCCACGGAACACGCGGAGCUCACUCGUAGAAUUGCGGGAGAACUUCCCCAGAACUGGGAAAAGGCACUCCCUGUUUACAAGCCUACGGACUCGGCCCAGGCAUCGCGCAAGCUGUCUGAAAUUGCCUUGACAUCUCUGGCCGCAGUUUUACCUGAUCUGUUGGGUGGUAGCGCUGACUUGACAUCGAGUAACUUGACCAAAGUGAAAGGAUCUGUCGACUUCCAGCCUCCUGCCACGAAGCUCGGCACAUACGCCGGCACUUAUAUUCGCUAUGGGGUUCGUGAACAUGGAAUGGGAGCCAUUGCAAACGGCCUUGCUGCUUAUGGCGGUAUCAUUCCCUUUGUUGGCACUUUCCUCAACUUUGUUUCUUACGCUGCUGGGGCAGUCCGUCUGUCUGCUUUGAGUCGCGUGCAAGUCAUCUGGGUUGGUACACAUGAUAGCAUUGGACUGGGAGAGGUAAGUUGUUUGUCUACUACCUUUGGGGUUACUAAUGAGCUGCAUAGUGGUCCUACCCAUCAACCAGUUGAGACCAAUGCUCACUUCCGUGCAAUUCCCAACCUCGCAUUCUGGCGUCCCGCGGAUGGCAACGAAACUUCUGCAGCAUACUCAGUCGCCCUCAAAUCGAAACAUACUCCCUCAAUUCUCGCACUAUCUCGUCAAAACUUACCGAAUCUUGAAGGAUCGACUAUUGAGCGGGCCUCCCGCGGCGGCUACGUUUUGAUCGAAGAGGAGAAAGAGGACCUCACUAUCGUCAGUUGUGGAAGUGAAGUCACAAUCGCGGUCGAGGCUGCCAAGAAGCUUAAAGAGCAAGGCAUCAAGACUCGCGUUGUUAGUUUGCCGUGCUGGCUUGUCUUCGACCAACAGGAUGCGCAAUAUCGUCUCAGUGUACUUCGCAGCGGAGCCCCAAUUCUUUCCUUGGAAGCUCUUUCAACGCUUGGCUGGGAAAGGUAUAGCCACGAACAAUAUGGUUUGACUGGAUGGGGAGCAUCUGGACCAUAUCAAAAGGUAUACGAGAAGCUCGGAAUCACUGGCGCAAACAUCGCGGUCGUCGGGAAGAAGGUUGUCGACUUUUACAAGCAAAAGGGCGGCGAGGUUGUAUCACCACUUGUCCGCGCGUUGUAA